AUGUAUGCUGUGUUUGUGGAUGUACUGGAGGAAGUAGGAAAAAUUUUACUUUCCAAAUCGCAAACACCACCUGUGCGGGAAAAGAAAAAAAUAGCGUUGACGGCGAUGCGACAGCAGUUGUUCAUCCGAUGUGGAUUGGAGUUCUCUGGCGACCAAAUAUUGAAGAAAAUCAAUAACAUGAAGACCGCUGUUAAAGAAAAAACGGAUACCAAAAAAACAGGGAACGUUAAAAUUGUGCUCAACCAACCGCAAGAAAAGUUUUAUGGACUGCUGGGGGGUGUUGACAAUCCCAGCAUCAUCAGCGUUCCGUAUGGUCUGGCAGUAGGAAGCAAAAAUAUUGCAAUGGGGAAGGAUCCACCGAAGGAGGAGCAUGAUUCUUCUGAUGAUUAUGAUUAUAACAGCUUGCAGAACGAGUUUCUGGCGCCCAGUCAAGCGUGUCAAACACUAAAAACAAAUCAAAAAUCGACACGUGGCAGAACACAACAAACAGUGUGUGAGGAGCAACUUAUGUUCCUGAAAAAGCAACAAGAUUAUACGUAUGUAUUGUAA